UUGUGAUUGCGUGUACGGUUGCUAGUGGUAGAUUUAGAUAGAUAAACAUAGUAGAGAAAUUCACCUCGAUACUGUCAAAACGUUUAAAAUGUCAAGCGCUUUAUGUACAAGUCGCAGGAGAAGAGUAUACAAGAAUAGAAUGGAUUAAUUCUUUAGAGAAAAUUCAGUGGGCGAUGGCAUAAACAUAACAAUUUUUAAGAGUUUAGCAUUUAAUAAAAGUGAAAGUUUUUCUCAUACUCAACAAAAAUGUUUGAAAUGAAUUUCAAAGGGUCUAUUCGAUAGAAGAAAAGACACAAAAAUCAAGAACAAUAUACUUACCAUGUAAAGACUGAGAAAAAAAGAAGGAAAAAAAAAACAUUUUUUUUUUGGGUGUGAUACUGUGUGAGAAAAUUAGUCAAAAUGCAUUUUCAAUGUUGGAAAUCGACACGACGACGGGAUAAAUUGCUGAUUUUAUGGACACUGUUCUCAAUUCAAUUGUUGUUAAUCGGAUUUGUGUUGUUUGGAAAUAAUUCGAAUAAUCUGUCUGAUGACAUUGACGAUGACUCAUCAUUGCAAGCAUAUCGAUCGAAUAAUUUGGCCAAUCCAAAAAUACAGCGCAUAGUGAAAUUUCUGAAAAGUGACAUAUCAUUGCCAAAUGCGGUGUCUACAUCGGCAUCAGCAUCAUCAAUAGCCAAUAAUAACCAUAAAAUCGUGCUUCCACCGCUCCAAACAUUUUGCGAUGCAUUUUUCGAAUGUCACACUGGCAAACCGGCCAAUUUUACAUUGGAUUCAUUGUUUUGCUUUCGAAAUAGUAGCGUCUUACCGAUAUCGGCCACCCUGCGCCAAAUGAGCGACGCAUUCGACGACGACGACGAAGAUUGUGUGUGUAAAUGUCAAGCAGAUUUUCAUGGUCGUGAUUGCAGUCAACCCGAAGUUGUGUGGCGUGCAUUUAUGACAUCGCACAUUACCAAGAAAUACGAAAAAAAAAUUGCAAAUUUUAUCGAGCAUGAAGAAAAUGAACCGAAACCACGUCGAAUUUUCUAUCACAUUGAUUCGUCAGCGCUAAGUUUGACAACGAUUGAAAUUCAGGUCAAAGAAUUACACGAUUUAAUCGAUUUAUUUAUAUUCUGCGAUGAAAUUCGAAAUGCAAACAAUGCUGAACAUGGUGUUGCAUCAAAAAUGGAUCGUUUUCGAUAUCAUCAACAAUCCAACGAACAUGGAACGAAUUUCUUUUUGAAAAAACUCAAAUCAAAAAUUCUAAUUGUAGAAACAAAACAUAAAUGCACACCGAAAACAACAUAUAAAAUGUUUCGCAAUCAAAUCGAUUCAUUACAAGGCGAUGAAAUCUAUUUGUAUAGUUCAUAUGAUGAAAUAUUGAAUCGGAAUGCCAUACAGUAUGCCAAAUGGAAUAGCGAUUGGUCACAAUCGCAGCCACUUCGAUUUCGUUUGAAAUACACCGUAUACGGUUUUUAUUGGCAGCAUCCGGUGCAAACGGUUCUCGGCAGUGCUGCAUGUCAAUUACACGUGCUAGACGAAUAUUAUAAAAAAGACCCAUUGGCCUUGUUCAAUGCAACCACAACGGGCAUGAUAAUCGGCGAUUUAAAUCAUUACGGCGGAUGGUACUGUCAAUAUUGCUACGAUUCAACCGAGAAUAUUGCGCAAAAAGUGCAACGUGAUCGUACGAUGAAUGCGUCUAUGCCCAUUUUUACAAACAAUUUAAUAACUAAUAAUGACGUUAUUCAACAGCAACAACAACAACAACAACAAAGAUCCCCCAAUCAAAUCGAUGCACCACACAUCGAAUCACUCAUAUCAGCCGGAGUGUAUGUGGAUGGAAAACUUGAUUUAAUUCGUUUGCAUCGAUAUGCGGACAAAUAUUAUGCACCCGACACGGUCACAAAAGAGUCUUGGAAAUAUGAAUCUCUGCUCACCAAUACGUAUGCACACUAUGAUGGUGAUAUCGACGAAUAAAUUAAAAUUUAUUAUUAUCGUAUCGUCCCGAUUUUGGGAACAAAACAAACAAAACGAAUAUCUAUUUCAAAAAUAUAAAUAUUUAGAUAAAUAUGUAUUUCAAUCGAAUAAUGAGUUAGUUUAGCUUUGAUGUGUAUCAAUCAGUGACCGGUUCGCGCAUAUUUCUAUGCCUGAUAGCUAUGCUAAGCAUAGCGGAGACGCAAGCCGCAACG